AAAAUUACUUACAAUGUGUAUUUGUUAAGAGAGUAAAUAUUCAUGUAAUUAUAUAGUGAGUAAAAUUUUGUAGCAAUUUUGUGAUUAUUUGAGCUCCUUAAAAGUAUAAACAACAAAUUACCAACGAAAAAAUUAUAAUGUUUUGGCGGUUAUGUUUGAUUUUAUUUAUUGGAGUUCUUUUGGAAUGGAAAUUAACACAUAGUGCACCAGCAGCUGAAAAUGGAAAAACGAAAGAAAAAGUUCGUGCUUAUGAAUUUGGAUUUAGUAUUGAGGAACAGCAACAUCGACAUGAGAAAAGAGAUGAAAAUGGCAUCGUUAUGGGUGAAUUCGGUUUUAUUACCGCUGAUGGCAUUUAUCACGUAACAGUUUAUGCAACCGAUGAAAAUGGCAAAUUCAAGAUUAUUUCAAUGAAAAAUUAUCCCUAUGGUGGCAGUCCGGAAAAGAAGAUUAUGAUCGCAAGAUUACCUCCAGCUAAGAUGCCAGUAGUAACAACAACUAAACAACCAACUACGAUCAAGUCUUUGGUGCCAGAUGGUAGUUCUUGUGGUGGUUGUGUUAAGCCGAAGAAGAUGAAUUUAUUGCCAGCCGAUGUUAAGGGGGGAAAACCAGACGAUGAGAAAGCAGUAUUUAGACCUCUAUCAAAGGCUUUAAGUAAUGGAAAGACAAAUGGAGAAGCUGUCAAAGUUGGCAAGAGUACUCCAACAUCUAAAUCAGUGGUAGGGGGAAAUGGGAAGGGAACUACUGGAUCGAAGGUUCCAGGAUCACAACCCUUGGUUCCACCAAAAGUUUCGACACCGGGAGCACAAAAGACGAAUGGAGCUACUUCAUCGAAAAAUGGGCCAGGAAAGAAUGAUAAAUAUGGACCAUUAAUCAAUGUAAGACUGGAUUCGAAUUCUUUGACUCCGCCAAAGACUUCGACAUCGGGAGCAAACGUUCCAACUUCUCCAUCGAAAAAUGGACAAGGUAUAACAGACAAUGAGGGUAACAAAUAUGAAAUAACAAAAUCACUUACACAAACAACAUCUACACCAACACAAGUUCUUACACAAAUUCCUAAAAUCCAAGAACCGUCAAUUAAUUCACAAUUCGAUGAUGAAGAUCUACUGCUAACAAAAACUCGAGGAACAAUUCCUUCAAAGUUCUUAAAUGCUUUAGCAACACCUAACACCAAACAAACACAGAACUCCCAAAUUUACAACACAAACAAUAUACAAAACACACUUUCAAAAACAACAACUACAUCCUCCCUAAACACACAAAAUCAAUAUGAUGGCAAAGCUACGUAUCCAAACAGUCCUACGGCAGUAAUCCAUGGUAGUACAUUUUCACCAACUACAGAAAGAAAAGCUUCAGCAAACAAAAUGUUUUUAAAACCUACGAUAACUUCGAGUGUUGGUGUUCCAAAUGGUAUAAAAACAACACUACCGACACCAAAUAUUAGUGUAUUGAAAGAUUCUCUUAAAAUAUCAACUUUGGGCAGACCUGAUGCACAAUCUACAAAUGAAAAUAAUCCAACAGACUUUAACACGCGAUUCAGUGAAGAAAACACAUUAACAACCAUUUCAAAGAUGACUGGAAGAAAUUCAACACCAAGUGGUAUAAAAACAACAGCCACACCUUUUAGCAACUUGCAAGCAAUCUAUAACACAGAGCUUUCUUUGAAUCCCACAGUUCAAUCUUUUGGACCAUUAUCAAAUCAGAACACGAAAACAACAACACAACAAUACACAAAUACAGAAACCAAAACAAACCCAACACGAAAUUUCACACAAUUUCCAAAGAAUAGCGAAUACACAGUUCAAAAAACACUUCAAAACCAGAUAAUUAAUUCUUCCCAAGAAACAAAUUUCCCACCAGCUGGAGAAAACUUACAACCUCAAAAGUCUCCAAAUCCUUCAGUUAUCACAACUAUCCCUUCCAAAACAAAUAGUAAAACGGUUUUGAACACAACACCAACAAUUUCAUCCAUUUAUCCAAAUAAUCCAACCAAAUCAUUUACAGUUCCAACUAAAAAUGGAAUCACUCAACAAUAUCAGAAGGGAUCUACAAAUACAGCCACACAAAACACAGGCAGACCACCAUUUAAAACAGCUAAAGAACCAAAAUCAUUCCAAACACUUAGUAAAGCUUUACCAGAUGAAGAUAGUUCUGUUAAAAACAGAUUACCACAAACAUCUACACUUACAACAGUUCCAAGCAAAACAAGAGUUUUGCAAAAACCAGGACAAAGUCCUUCACUAAUUACGUCAAGGCCACAAUUAAUAAGCAAAAACACAAUAAAAACACAGCCACAAUUAACAACACAAACUUUAAUACCUAAAAGACUGCAACAAAACACAAAUGAAGCUAAGACAACAACCACUAACACACAAUCCACAAAUAAACAAACACCCGCAGUGCCAUCUAAACAGUCCACGGGUAAAACAACUUCAUCCACAAAUCCUGCUGCUGGCUCUGGUGGUAUUGGUGGUGCUUCAAGUAGUGGUAGUGCUGCUGGUGGUGGUGGUGGUCCCUUAUACAAAUUCAACUAUGUCCUCGAUUAUAACAGCCAUCGUGAAGAAGGCCGCAUCGAUGGUUCCAAGGAGGGGAAUUACAAUACAAUUGACGAAGAUGGCAUUCGCAGGAUUAUCGAUUACAUUGCAAAUGAAAAUGGCUACCAGCCCCACAUUAAACUGGAACGUCUACCACCCAAUGAGGUGCCAACCGGUGAAAAUAAGCUCAAGGAAUAUGAAUUUGUUUGGUUCAACUAGAUUAUGAGAUGAACAUAUUGAAUAGAAAAAAAAAA